AUGGACCCCUCCGUUUUGGAGGAUGCUGACCUAGCUGCCUUGGAGAGCGAACUUUCCGCUGAUCUUCAGAUUGAUGGGGGAGACUUCGGUGAUCAGCUUAGUCAUUCCAAUCAGGAUUGUGAUACGGCUGAAAGGCGACCUCUCAAUCCUUGGCUUCUGCUGGACUCGGGCGAGGACUUCCAGGCCGUGUCUGAGGAUGCUUCUCAACCUGGGGUUGAGGCUGCUGCUUCUGAGGACGAUGCGAGUGCUGAAGUGCAAUGGUACAAGCAAGUUGCCGAGGAUUUUGUGCUAUCUGAUGUCGAGAGCCAUCAAAAGCAAUCUCAGUGGAGUCUUGUUGAACAGCAUCCUUCGGUGCCUGCAGCCUCGCCUCGUGUUACUGCUGAAGGGUAUCAGACUGCUCUGUCGGCUGCUUUUCAUGCAGUACCGGCGAAGGCUACGCUGUCACUUCCUUGGGAAUCAGGAGUCUGGAGUGCGCUGUUUGGCGCUUCUGCUUCCGGUGACUGGUUGCAGCAGGUGAAACAGAUGCUGUGCGAGGAGGACUCCGUGCAAGGGCAGAUUGGACUGUUGGAAGACUUCUUCCGAGGUCGUGCACCGUCGACUCUGCUCAAGAGGGCAAAGGCUUUGGCGAAAGUUGCCAACUGGUUGCAGGAGAAAGGCGCGCCGGCCUAUCCUAUCAGUGAGAAACUCUUUUACGAAUUCCUUCCAGCAGAAAGGGCCCUAGGUGCUCCUGCCUCCAGGUUGAAAGGCUAUCACGAAGCCAUUGUCUUCUCGAGAUUUGUGUUGGGCGUGGCAGGUCUUGAACUUGCUACUGCUAGCCGUCGCUGUUUGGGCGCCACUAAAUCGGACGAGCCUAGGGACAGGAAGCAGGCCCAACCGCUUACAGUCCAGCAGCUGUUGGAGCUCCACAGGAGGCUUGACAGCGAGGGCGAGGACUUGUGGAACAGAUUGUUCUGCGGCGCCACACUUUGUGUGGUCUACGCCCGCAGUAGGUGGGCCUUGGACUAUGACACCCUAGGCGACAUCGCAUACUUGGAAAUUACCGCUGGGAAGUGGGUUCGUCGCCUCCUGGAUUGUGAACCUGCUGAAGGCUGUCCCAACAAGAUCACGAGCCACUCUUUCAAGGCAACACUUCUUUCGAUGGCUGCUAAGCGUGGCUAUUCGAUUGAGGACCGGCUCCAGAUGGGGUACCAUUCAGUGCCAGGGCGCAUGGCGCUGGUGUACUCUAGGGAUGGUGCUGCAAGGAGUUUGCGACUGCUAGAAGUGAUGCUUCAGGAAAUCCGGAGUGGUUUCUACCUCCCUGACAGUACGCGGUCCGGGCGUCUUAAGGGCCCGGCACGUGAGAUUCUGGAGCAUGCACCUCUCCCGGGAGAGAAUCAGUCUGCAGCGGGGGACCUUCGCAUUAGAGCUGGGCCAGAGGCUGACAAGACUGAGCUCGCCAGUGAUUUCGGGGAUGGAGCUGUUGAAAUCUUGGGAUCAGAAGACGAACAGGAGGCAGCUGCUACCGAGCGAGCUGCGGAUUCGGAACAUGUCACCACAGACAGCUCCGGGAGCGAAUCUUCGGACCUGGAAGCGACGAAAGAGUGCUGGAAUGUGGUCGUAUGGUCGGACCUUUGCACAUCAGGCCCACGACUGUACGUUUCGACACCUCGGUCUGCUCUCAGUGUCGAAGGACCACUGGAGAGGAGGCUCGCACAGGAGGUGUUUGAUGCGAUGGACAGGAGUCCCCUGCGGAUCUGA